AUGUACCUGAACGAAAAUACCAAACAAGCCGUCCUGUUGAUCUUGCUGCUUGCUAUCGGCUUGAUAUUCGUCCUUAUAUGCGCCAUUGUCAUCAUCUACUUUCAUAAAAGGUUCUUCAUUUCACUUAUCCAAAAUGAAGAAAUAUCAAAAUGAAAUUUCCAGACGCCCCGUCUGGUCAGAAACGUCAGUUUUAUCGAUGGGAAACGAAGACAGCAUGUGUUAUAACGAUGGUUUUGACUGUGUCGACGAAACCAGCGCGAGGUUACCGGGAAUUUAUUCGAAAUUCUAGUUACCAGUACAUUUUCAGCCGAAUAGAAGAACGUCGUCGUGCACGCAAGCUUGCUCUACAAAAUUACCCACCCAAUGUCGACCUGAGUUUGAAAAAGUUCGUUUCUUCUCAUAUUAAUUUGAAACAGUACCGAAAAGUUUAUACUUUUUUUAUACUCACGAAAUAUUUCUCUCAAAAAUAUUCAUCAAACUCAAGCAUUUUAAAAAAACUAAAUAGUAAGUGUGAAACACUACCUUGUGAAGUUUUUUUCAGAAUUAUUUUGGGUUUUAAAUAUAUAUCUUGACUUUAAAAUUUUGAAGUUUUGGUCGUUUCUGCAUCGAUUGUUAUGAACGCUAAGUGAGAUAUAUUUCUCUAAAAAAUAAAGACUUAUAAGAAAAAGCUCACUUCCUUUUAUCUGGAUAUUUUCAUGAAGUUAACAUGUUUCGUUGAAAAUAUUCUCUGCUGGAAAUUUUUAAAAACGUUUUGUUUUGUUGCUAGCUUCAAAAAUGAUUCCGCUGUUGAAGGCUGGAUCCGGAGGUGGGGAAAGCUCUCGCCGUGGAGCAGCUCAUGCAGGACAGCUACGUCUUCGACACGCGCAUUCUGGCCAAACCGAGCGGCGACGUGGAGGUCGUCGCCGCCAAACGCGACUAUUUGUGA